AUGCGACCUCUACGAUUCGUCCUGACCUUGGUCGCCUUCCUCGUUUCUUUUCUGUUUCUUGUACUCGUCGGGCCGUGGCGAGGGAGCAAUCCCGCAGAGUAUGCGCAAGACCAGGGCGGCUUAGCGACAUACUUCAAUUGGCGGACACCAUCUUCGCUGUUUCCACCUUCAGCUAUCAUCAGCAUAACCGAUGACAACUCCACCAACUUCUUGGCACGACCCGCCGCUUUUGGUCCUCUACUACCACAAAAGAGCUUGAGUGGACAACUAUGGAUCGGUAGCGGCUUUGGAGAUGACAGGCUAGGAAAUGGCGCAGCAGAGCUAGGAUGCAGCGAUGUGCCUGGCUGGGAUGAUGGAAGCUGGUCAGCCGUGGGCGGCAGCGGAAAGAAGUCGAGCCAUGAAGGGAAGAGUGCUGCAACAGAAGGGAAGAACAAGAGGUCUGUGACGGUAGAGGAUGAAGAUGAGGACGACGAGGAACAUCCAGAUGAAGACGAUGGCACAGAUGAUCAUCUCCACCAUCCGCUCCCCGCGAGUGACGGCAUGAAGAACAAUGGCGAAGCCGCAAGGAAGACGAAGAAGCCGACGCAUGCGGAUAUCCAGUCUUUGCAAGAGAGCGCCGAGAUUGCGGCCAAGGUCGUGCUGCUCAGCAGGGGCGGAUGUGGCUUCUUGGAGAAGGUCAAGUGGGUGCAAAGGAGAGGUGGGAUAGCGUUGAUUGUGGGAGACGACAUCCGUGGAGGCCCACUGGUCACCAUGUACGCAAGAGGAGACACGUCGAACGUCACGAUCCCCUCGCUCUUCACAUCGCAUACUACUGCACAGCUGCUUUCCAGCCUCUUGCCGUCUGGCAGCUUAUCGACUGAGGAUGCAACCAGGCUUGGACUUGCUCUCGGCGGCAAGAGCAAGACCACUGCCGAGAGCAGCAAGAAGCUUGCGCACAAGCCGAACUUCACCACGACUACUGCAACAUCGAAGGCUACCGCAACACCCAAGCCCAAGGCGGGAAGCAAGAGCGGCAAGCAGCUGGACACCGGUGCCCAAAGUAAGCCUGAAAGGCCCAGGCAUCGAGGCUGGUUUGCAGCGCUCUUCGGAGGAGGAUCUGAUUCUGCAGACAGCAGACGACCACCAAGCAGUGGGAACAUUGGCUGGGUGCUGCAAGAGGAGUUCGAAGAUGAUGAGCCUAUCUAUGGCAAGACAACCACAACGUCCACUUCGUCUUCACGCGCAGCCGUCAAGACCAAAGGGCCAAGUGAUGGCUUCCAGAUCGGCAUUCACGAUUGGCGAGAUCCCGAUCUGGUUGCGGCUCAAAAGGAGCAACACCUGGCAGGCUCGACAUCCACAACGACAAGCUCGGUCGCAAUGCCCAAGUCGACCAAAGCCGCGACCACUUCCCUUCGCGGUGGCAGCAUCACACCGGGCAGUGGUGAGUACGCGAAAGCGAAUCACGAAGCCGUGGACUUGUCUAGCUCGAGGAAGGCCACAGAGAAAGACACAAAGACUUCGCAGCAGAGCGAAGAGGAAGAAGAAGACGAAGACCAUGGCUGGUUGCACAGACUCUUCUCCACAGAUGGCGACGUCGAGAAUGUCAAGGUGGAGCAAGUCGCAAGACCUGCCACAAAGGCACUGGAGCCUGAAACGCAUGUCAAGACGGAGACUCAGCAUCGCCCUCAGCAUGCCAACGAUGCGCCACAGAUGCAUGAAGGCUUGUUCGUAACUCUGAGCCCAGCUUCGAUGUCAUCAUCGCCCUUUUUCGACACACUGCUCGUGCUGGUGGUAUCACCUCUGGUCACGUUGACCGUCGUGUAUGCACUUCUCCUUUUGCGGUCGCGCAUCAGGAGGCGUAGGUGGCGAGCGCCAAAGUCAGUCGUAGAACGCCUGCCGGUCAGGACAUAUCAGACUAUGGCAAGCAGCGCGGCAUCAACGACUUCAUCUGCAGCGUCUCAAGCCAGUGCGACGACACCGCUCCUGCCGACUGCGUCGAGGCCGAUCAACGCUCGUGCCAGACCUCGAGCACGCACCACAUCAGAAGUCCCACACGGCUCUUCUCUGCGGUCCGAUGACAUGGCAAGUCCUUCUCUCGAGCAAAUCGAGGAGAAGCGAGCAGCAGGUCUAGCUGAAUGGCGAAGGCGUUAUGGCGGCAAGCAAAGAGAGUGCGUAGUGUGCCUGGAGGAGUACGUCGAUGGCGUGAGCAGGGUCAUGAGUCUACCUUGCGGCCAUGAGUUCCACGCCGAGUGCAUAACACCAUGGCUGACCACCCGCCGCCGAACAUGCCCCAUCUGCAAAGGCGACGUCGUGCGCUCCCUAGCACGAAGCGGCGGCUCCAGCUCUGCCACGCCGCCGCCACAACAGUACCGCGAUCACGAUAGCGAAGAUGAGGAAGAUGUCCAGGAGCAGGCGGUCACGACUGUCAAUGACGACCCCAUUAGCCAACGCCCUGUCAGCAGAGAAGAUGAGGCGUUCGAGGACUUGGAACGAGGGGUGACGCCUACGCCGGAUAGAACGAGAUGA